AUGAAAACUACAGUGAAGCUUCCUUUCCUGCUGUGUGUGAUCCCAUUGUGGUCGUUGGUGGGGAUUUACGUGCUGAAAUUCUCUUCUAAGUCACAGUCCGACUGUUACUGUGAGAAAUGUUUAUCAGAAAAUGAACCCUGGUUUAAAACUCGCUACAACAAAUCAAUCCCAGUCUUUCUGACUGCUGACUACCAACUACCAGAGAAGGAUUUCAAGUGGUGGAAUGUCUUACGAGGUAAAGGAGGAAACUACAGCACCUACAUUGAACUAGUAGAGGAAGUAUUUAAGGUGAUCCCACAUCGUCCCAGUGUGAUGAACGAACGCCCUGGCUGCUGUAAGACGUGUGCUGUCGUUGGAAACUCCAUCAACCUGAAAGGAUCACGCUAUGGACCGCUGAUAAACUUACAUGAUGUGGUCAUGAGGAUAAAUUAUGCUCCAACCAAAGGCUGGGAGGCAGACGUUGGGAGCAAAACCACCCACCGUAUCAUGUAUCCGGAGAGUUCCACACAUUUGGACAACAAAACUCGUCUCGUCAUGUUUCCAUUCAAGUUGGAGGAUCUGCUGUGGCUGCCCAAGACUUUAACCACAGGGUAUUUUGUACGCUAUAAGCCAAAGCUACGAGCUAACAAGACCUUGGCAAUGGUGGUUAAUCCAGCCUUUAUGAAGUACGUUCAUGAGACCUGGCUGGAGAAGAAGGGCUACUAUCCUUCUACAGGGUUCCUGACUCUGAUGAUGGCUGUGCAUAUCUGCGAUGAGAUCCAUGUGUUUGGUUUUGGGGCAGAUAAAUUUGGAGACUGGAAGCAUUACUGGGACAUAGGACGGUAUCAUUUGAAAAAAACUGGAGGACAUCAUGGAGUUUUUGAGUAUGAAAUCAUCCAGAAGCUCACCCAGCAUCGAAUCAUCCAGUUUUUCCCUGGAUGGUGAUUUUUAA